AUGUCAUCAUUUGAAGAGGAUAAUGAGUGGACAAACAUCAAAUAUGACAUUACUCAUUCUCCAAACAUUGACCCGACCAGCAAAACGGAGAUCCGACCUCAGAGAGCAGAGAGGGACCCGACACCAGGAAACAAGAACCAGACACCCGAAAACAGCGACCCAAUACCUAAAACAGGGAUCGCAAAAGGGAAUCCAAUACCAAGAGGAGACCUGAUCAGACAGCACGGAGCCGACCGGCUGUAUGAAGCCGACCAGAUGAAAGGAGCCGACCCGCUGCAGGGAGCCGACCAGCUGCAGGGAGCCGAGCCGCUGCAGGGAGCCGACCAGCUGCAGGGAGCCGAGCCGCUGCAGGGAGCCGAGGAACAACAGGUACAAGGAGGAGGAAGAGAAUAA